UAUAGAGGUAAUGUUUCGAACGAUGUACUUCAUAUUUUUCCUAACCUGUUACUACCUGGGUACGACUUUGGGGCAACAACUAAAAUCACCAUGUCCUGACGUUUUUCAAUAUGAACAAAACCCUUCUGAACCAGACCGAUGGUACGCUACUGUGACACUUAAAACCGAUGCCGAAUUGACUGGUGUAUGGUUUAGAGUACUGCUAAAUAAGCAAACUUUGCAGUUAGGGAACUGGUUUGGUGAGGUGGAAACGAGAGAUAAUAAUACAGGGUACCUCAUAAAGAACCCAGGAGUGAAAUUACAACCCAACGCACCGAUGCAGCUUAGAUUUUACGUUAGAUACAACACUAACGAACCUCCCCCGUAUAUUUUAACGUUGAGACUCAAUGCCAGACAGAUAUGUCCUGUAGGUGGUACCACUACACCUAGUCCGGUAGUUACCGGACAAUUAUUCACCAAUAAGCCCGAGAUACCGGACUCACUGUCGGGUGUAUCUGGUGGUACCUCGUCUGGGAUUAGUCCUACAGUGAUACAAAAACCGAGCCUUCCAAUUGGUUCAGGCGAUGAUGACUUCUAUCAAGGCGACUUUAGUUUAAUAUUAAAACCGCAAGGACCGUCGCCCGACCCGUUGACUACUGAAUGUGGAACAGUUAUCAAACAGCCACGACCUCUAAUAACUCACGGACAGGAAACAACAGAAGGUGAAUUUCCAUGGCACGCUGCCAUAUACCAUUCGAAGGGUAUAGACCUGACGUAUAUUUGCGGUGCUUCCCUAAUAAGCGACUAUCAUUUAAUAACAGUAGCUCAUUGCGUCACUAAAAGGAAAAGCCAGAUGGCACUAAGUCCAAGCAACUUAGUGAUAUAUUUAGGAAAAUACUAUCUACGGGUAUGGUCGAACCCAGGUAUUCAAUAUAGAAAAGUAGAAAGUAUAAUAGUGCACCCGAAAUUUAACCCUAUGAGUUUUAGUAACGACAUAGCUGUUCUGAAACUCAGCAAACGUGCUGAAUUUACUGACUACGUCAGACCAAUUUGUUUGUGGGAGGGGAAUAAUCAAUUGGACCGUGUUGUUGACCAUAUCGGUACUGUAACAGGUUGGGGUUUCGACGAAACCGGUAAAGUAACUGAACAGUUGACAAAAGCGCAUAUGCCGAUAGUGUCACAAGAAACGUGUAUUUAUUCCUUUCCGGAAUUCUAUUCAAGAUUUACGAGCAGUACCACAUUUUGUGCUGGGUUUAAGAAUGGUACUUCGGUAUGUAACGGCGACUCUGGCGGAGGACUGAUUCUACCCAAACCUGGAUCAAAUACGCAGAAUACAGUAUGGCAAAUCAGAGGAUUAGUGUCCAUAAGUGUAGCUUUACAGAACAGGUUUCGAUGUGAUUCGUCUCAUUACGUUGUGUUUACGGAUGUUUCGAAGUAUCUUGAUUUUGUACAAAGUUCUUUAAAAAUAUAAGACUGCUUUUUUAUUACUCUGUGUUAAAAUUAUUAGUAUAUAGAUUACAAUUUUUUUAUAUCAUUUUAAAAAUCAAAAGUAUAUUGUAUUUUCUGUCAUUUUUUAUGGAUAUGUCAUCUAUGUCGAAAUAGUUUUUUAUUGUUAAUCUAAGGAAAUAGUAUCUUAGUCUCUCGCUAGACUAACUUUAAUACUAUACUACGCUUGAAAUAAUGCAAUUUUGUAUUUUAUCAUUACACAUACUUCAAUAAGACUAAUUCUUGGCCAUAUUAAAUAUUAAUUAGUAUUUUUAUUAAUAUAGAUAGAUGAGUACUUUUAAAAAUAAUUAGUUAUUUACAGCGGCGUGCGGUCCAUGGAAGCGGGGGAAGCACCGCUUGCCUAAACUUUUUAAAGAUAAAAAAAUAAAUAAUUAAACGUUAAUAAUACUGUUAUUUUAUAACAAAAGAUUAAUUUAAUUUGUUAAAAUUAUUUAUUUGAAACCUUACAUAAACGUAUCUAGCAAAUUUAAUUAGCCUUUCACUGCAUGGAUGCGCGCCUGGGAAUCGCCGCCGGUCGCCUAUCCCUCCUUCAUGUAGGUGUUAUUGACCUCGAACGCAAACGACAAAUUUAAGCCGGAAAAUCUCGCACAGUUGCUAGCCACGGCAGCGAUUUUUCGGCCGCCUUCCUUGACUUUUAAUUUAUCGGGACGGGUUCGCUUGUGAUUUUAUAGGUAAUAUAAUAAAUUAAAUCCAAAAUUUUAUGAUGAUGUUAUAGACAAAUUUGCAAUGGCUGAUAGACGAAUAGACCUCAAA